AUGCGGGUCACUUCAUUUUUUUCGUCUAGUGCUCUGGGGGUAGGGACAAGGGUGUUGGCGCAGAGUACAUUCGAGCCAUCCGGUUUCAAUGUGGUGGAUACCCUUAUUGACUAUGGCAUUAACAUUUUAUCCAUCCCAGCACUGGAGGGGUUAGUGGAACGAACUCCUACAAGCGCGUGCUCGAUCGCCAUAAGUACCAUCUCCCUGCGGAUAAUCUUUGGAAGCAGCAAGGUCAUCAUCCGACAGAGCUCUGCGUACGAUGCUUUCACCAAUGCGUAUUGGUCAAUCCAGCAGGCAUCGGUAGAUCCAUACUGUAUCUUCAAGCCCUCAAAAGCUGCGGAGGUAUCCAUUCUCGUCUUGCUGUCUCGCCUCACACAAUGCCCAUUUGCAGUAAAGAGCGGUGGCCAUGCAGCCUUUGGUGGGGCAUCUAGCAUACAAGGUUGCAUCACAGUGACGUUGGCGAAUAUUAACGACAUUUUUCUCUCUUCUGACAAGAAGACUGUGUCCCUCGGCACUGGCAAUACCUGGUAUGAUGUCUAUACCAACCUCCAAAGCCAAGGAGACCUUGCCGUUAUCGGAGGUCGAGUAGCAGCCAUCGGCGUCGGUGGACUAACUCUUGGUGGAGGCAUCUCCUUCUUCUCCAACACGUACGGAUGGGCAUGUGACAAUGUUGCUUCUUUCGAAGUUGUGACCGCCUCCGGCAUUAUAGUCACUGCUAGUCCAACUUCAUACUCCGACCUUUAUUGGGCUCUUCGUGGUGGCGGUAACAACUUCGGUAUCGUCACCAAGUUCACACUGGAAACUAUCGCACAGGGUCAGAUGUGGGGAGGAGGACGUCUGCACAUUGAGACCGAGUUUCCAGCUGUCAUCCAGGCCUUUUACAAUCUAGGCAACAAUGCGGCACAGGACACCAACACAGCUCAUAUCCUGUCAUUUACAUAUGUCCAGAGUACCAAAUUUGCCAGCGCCGACUUACAGUAUGCGAAACCAGUGGCCAACGCAUCAAUCCUCGCCGAGUACAUAGCCAUUCCUGCCGUUUCAGAUACAACCCGGAUCCGCAGCCUCGCGGAUCUAACAGUUCAGUUUAACGCCAGCAACCCCAACGGCCUUCGACAGACUUACUGGGCCGCGGCCUACAAGCUCGACAAAGAUUUCACAACCUUCAUCAAGGACGUCUUCUUCGAGUACAUUACUGCCAUCGCGGAUGCGCCAGCUCUCAUCCCCGCUGCUACUCUUCAGGUAAUCAGUCUUCCGAUGCUUCAAAAGAUGACGGCAAAAGGGGGCAACCGGCUCGGCCUCAGCGCCUCAAGCGGUCCACUGCUCUUGCUCAACUUGAACAUGAUGUGGUCGAACAGUGCGGAUGAUGCUCGGAUCUUGGAGGUGAACUCGAACAUCAUCGAACGCACUGUUGCCGAGGCGAAGAAGAGAGGCCUGAGCAACGAGUACAUUUACAUGAAUUACGCCAGUCAGUUCCAGGCUGUGGUUCCGAGCUAUGGCGCCACAAACCAACAGAAGCUGAAGACGAUUGCCAACAAGUACGAUCCAACUGCCGUCUCCCAGGAGCUUCAGCCAGGCUACUUCAAAUUAGAUGGCGCACCGGAUGCGAAUAUACCUUGAGAGAGCAUAGAAACGAA